CCAGCAUGUCUUCACUAACAGAAAAGGACAGAGCAAUUGUUCAGCUGUUACUGAACACUGGCACUUGCCCACGAUGCAUUUUGAGGUUCUGCUGCGUAGGAUCACAGACGGUUUACAGACAUCCAUACAAGGAUUUGAUGAAGGAUUUAAAAGAUUUUCUGAAAAAUAAUCAAGAAAAAGAAGAUAUGGUUUGUUUUGACAUAGUUGACCCACCUUGUAAGAGAAUCAGACUUGAAGACACAGAAGAAGGGCCUGAUGAUGCGAACCACAAUGGAACACUCCAGCAGAUUCCUUCGGUUAACGAUGAAAAUACUGCGAUGGAGAACUCAGCUGUGGAAGUUUGCAAUGUGUGUUUGGGAAUUCUUCAGGAGUUCUGCGAAGUCGACUUUGUUAAAAAGGUGUGCCAAAAGGUUAAUUCCGCUGACUACCAGUUCACUAGUUUUGUAUUUUCUGUGUCGCUACCCCCACAGCUGUCUGUCAGAGAGCGUGCUGCUUGGCUGCUGGUAAAACAGGAAAUGGGAAAACUGGGCCUUUCCUUGGCAAAGGAUGACAUUGUUCCGCUGAAAGAAGCUUAUAAGUGGAUUAUUCAUCCCCAAUUGUCAGAAGAGUUGGGUGUUCCUGCGGAUGGAAAGAGUUUGUUUGAAGUUAGCGUGGUCUUUGCUCACCCAGAAACAGACGAGGAGUGCCAUUUCCUAGCCACAGCCUGUCCAGACUGUUUCAAACCAGCGAAGAACAAACAGUCUGUUUUCACUAGAAUGGCAGUUAUAAAAGCCCUAGAGAAGAUAAAAGAAGAGGAUUUUCUCAAGCAUUUUCCAUGUCCCCCAUGUUCACCAAAGAACCUCUGUGUUGCUCUGGAAAUUCAGUGCAAUAAUGGUGCAGUUUUUGUGGCUGGAAGAUACAACAAAUAUUCAAGGAAUUUACCUCAGACUCCCUGGAUUAUUGAUGGGGAGCGGAAGCUGGAAUCUUCAGUGGAAGAACUGAUUUCAGAGCAUCUAAUGGCAGCAUUCAAAGCAGAUAGCUUUAAUUUUUCUUCUUCUGGAAGAGAAGAUGUGGAUGUAAGAACACUAGGCAAUGGAAGGCCCUUUGCAAUUGAGCUUGUGAAUCCUCGUAGAAUACAUUUUACUGCUGAGGAAAUGAAAGGACUUCAGCAGACAAUUAAUAACUCUUCAGACAAAAUAAAGGUUCGAGAUUUACAGCUUGUCACCAGAGAGGCAAUUGGUCGUAUGAAGGAAGGUGAAGAGGAAAAGACAAAGACCUACAGUGCCUUAAUAUGGACAGACAGAGCAAUACAGAAAGAAGAUAUUGCAUUUCUAGAUGAUAUCAAGGAAUUAAAACUCGAUCAGAAGACACCUCUCCGGGUUCUUCACAGGCGUCCUCUAGCUGUAAGGUGUCGGAUCAUUCACACCAUGAAAUCAGAGUACAUAGAUGAGCAUCAUUUUCGCCUGCAUCUGAAGACUCAGGCAGGAACCUACAUUAAAGAAUUUGUGCAUGGAGACUUUGGAAGAACAAAGCCCAAUGUUGGCUCCCUGCUGAAUCUGGAGUUGGAUGUGGAAUCUGUUGACAUUGACUGGCCUCCAGCCCUGGAUAAUUAA